GGCCAGAGGGUGGUUUCCACCUGCAGAAGAGCCUAAGAGGGCGACGGUUCGGGGGGCGUGCAGCUGGUUGCCCCAUAGAGCGGGACAGGAUGGAGACCCCCGCGGCCGGGGCGUCCCUGAUCAAGUUGAGCCACUGUGGCAAGGCCAUCUACUGCGGCAGCGUGCCCCGCGCUUGCCCGCUGUGCGGGCUGGGCCUUGGCUCGCUGAAGCUGGAGGACGCGCCCCUGAGCAUCCCCAGCCCCUUGGCCAACGGGCACCGCCAGAGAUGCGCCUUCCUCCUGAAACCCACCGAAGGGACGUUUCUUAGGGAUUAUAAUGGAAGCUCAGACCUCCAUGUUGGAAUCACCAGUACGAACGGAAUCGUGUACAAUUACAAUGAAAAAGGGGUCCGCAGAGACGGCGCGGGGUGGGAACAGAGCGUGAGCGUCCCCCUGGUACAGCCGGACCUGUACGGACUGCUGGGCCGCUGGGAUGACUACCUGGAGGAGUUCUCGGCUACAGAUGACUGGUUGGCGGACAGGUAUAGCGGAGACCAGCACAAUUGUUACAGCUAUGCCUUGAAGUUCAUUAACUGGAUGUUAACCCUGGAAGGGAGACGGCAGCUGACCCGAGACGAAUUCAUCGAGCAAUUUGUGGUUCCAAGGACGAGGAAAGCCUCCAAGUUUAUCACCCUCUACCAGGCAAUAGAGGACCACGGUUUUUACAUCACGGACCACCCUGGACGGCAUGCGGCUCCCCCUUGAAGGACUCGGACGUUUUUAUCACUGCCCUUGAACGAGGGGUACGUCUCUGGGGGUCCGGCAUCCUUCCAUCGAUGCUUCCGCUCAGAGACUUCUGAGCCAACUAAGGUCCUGGGCGGAAUCUGCCCUCUGCGAGACGGUUGCGGCCGGGGGCCUUUAAUGUCAGCAUUCCUUGGGUUACGGCGUUUCAGUCCACAUUAAAGAUC